CCGCGUUUGGUCGCCGGGUAACGCUCGGUCCCCGCGGCCCGGCUCAGCUCGGCUCGGCUCCGCCAUGGCCCAGCCCAGCUCGGGGGUGCCCCGGCGCUUCGAGGAGCUGAUGCUGUACCGCGGCUACGGGCAGCCGCCGGCUCACCCCCGCUUCCGCACCGCCAACCAGAGCUACGGCAGCAGGGCCCCCACGGUGCACGAACUGCCGAGCUCCUUCCACAUCCUCCCGCACAAGUUUUCGGAUCAUCUGGGCAGGAUCGGCAUGUGCAGGAGCGGCGGCCUGAACACGUCCAUGGAGAAGAGUCACUGCACCGGCCCCGACACCUUCAUCACCGCCUACGAGCACCGGGACUUCCACCCCAGCUACAACCCCAGCGGCCCCUCGCACUGCAGGGACCAGCCCCUCUAGGCAGCCAACCCUCCUCGGUACCAACCGCACCCACCAGAUGUUAUUAGGGGUAAUAGAUGGAAGAUUUAACGUGGUUCAGUGUCAGGUAGCUCAUGUGAGGCGUUUUACCAGCAGCAUAUAAAUACUAGGACAACAUAAAUUCUGUUUUUAUCCCUUUAUCCCCUUCUCUGUCACUAAUGAUCCUUUACACUUUUGCUUUAUGUACUACAUGUCAUUAAAAAUUAAGAUCUAAA